AUGUCCAAUUAUCGUCACAGUGUGCAUUAUGAAAAAGAUAUUUCAUCGAAUUCUAGAGAAAUAUCCGAAUGUAGUCUGUACUCAGCAACGCCAGGCGGUACUCGCAUUUAUUAUGAUCGAAUGUUUCUGUUAUCUCGUCGUGAAUCACCUAUUGCACAAUCACCCCCAUUAAAUUUGCCGUAUAUUGCAAAAGUUACGUUGAUUACUGAACCGUUUACAACAAAUGAUAUCGUUGAACAUGAUAAUAAUAAAAAUUAUGCUUCCAAAGCAAUGAUCGAUAUAGAUAUAAGUUUAUCUGAACGAAAACGAUCAACAUCAGAGAAGAAAGAUCAUGAUCAAUUUUCAAUGGAUAUGUAA